GAAAGGAAACAUCAACACUACAUACUGAAAAAGAACCAUUGCGUUUCUCCCUAAAUAAUUUGGCAUUUUUCGGAUUACAAGCUUCUGCUAUGGCCUCCAGAAAGGUCGCAACAUCCAGUCUAAACCUGCUUUUAGCACGUCGUAACCUGUCAAGGUUUGGAAUCAAUGUUUUGAAGACAAAUCAACUUCUCCAACCGAGUCAGGCUGUCUGCACAGCAGGAUUUACAAACUUUGAGUUCCUGAGAGUCUGUACACAGCCGCUGAAAUGUCACAGUCUUAUCCAAGUCAGAUGGAGAAAGAGAAAAGCCACGCCAAAGGACGAAAUUGUGGAUGACUUAGAGAGUGAUGACGAAGAUCAGUCUGAGAGUCAUCAGGGCCAAGACAAGGUCAACAAAGCUGUGGUUGCCUCUUUACGGGCGGAUCUUGUGGUCAAAACAUGCUUCAACCUAGCUAGAAAUAAAGUGGAAGUUCUAUUUUACGAAGGAAAGCUUAGAGUGAAUGAUGAAAAGCUGAAAAAGAAAAGUGAAAUGCUGAAGAUUGGUGAUAUAAUCGACCUUGAGCAAGGACCAAGUCCGGGCAAUCCAGAAAAGUUUAAUUUGAUCAGCCGUGUCGAGUUAGUGGGUGCUCAUGAGAAGGACCAAGAAAGACUUAAUUUGCACUACGUUAAGCACUCUAAACUCAUUGUGCCGAAAGAUGAGAAUUAAUUUUGCAAGCGUAAAUAGAAACUAUAAAUUGUUGAUUUAUAUUUAAAAA